GAAGGGAUGCUUGGUUUCCCUUAUAUUACUAGCCGUUAUACUAGUGAUCAUCUUGCGGAGAUACUAUUCGAGAUCUUACAAGAGUUCGAGAUUGAGCGGCGAUUGACUGCUAUUACGUACGACAACGCCUCCAACAAUAAGACGCUACACAAUGCGAUGUAA